AUGAUGCAGUCUGAAUCCAGCCGGGGUGAGGAGGAGACCCCUUCCCUCAUGUGGGGUUUGGAUCCGGUGUUUCUAGCCUUUGCAAAACUUUACGUCAGGGAUAUCUUGGACUUAAAGGAGUCGUGCCAGGUGCCAGGUAUAUUUUUUUAUAAUGGGCAUCCAAUAAAACAAGUAGAUAUCUUGGGAACUGUAAUUGGAGUGAAAGAAAAGAAUACUUUCUACAGUUACGGAGUGGAUGAUAGCACUGGAGUGAUAAACUGCAUCUGCUGGAAAAAGUUGACUGAUACCGAGUCUUCCCCAGCUGCUCCAAGUGCAAGAGAACUGAGUUUAACAUCCCAGCUUAAGAAGCUGCAAGAGACCAUUGAGCAGAGAACAAAGAUAGAAAUUGGAGACAUUAUCCGGGUUAGAGGUCAUGUCCGCACGUACAGAGAAGAACGAGAAAUUCAUGCCACUGUUCAUUAUAAAGUGGAUGAUCCAGUAUGCAACAUUCAAAUUGCAAGGAUGCUUGAGCUGCCCAGUAUCUACAGGAAAGUUUAUGACCAGCCUUUCCAUAGCCCAGUCCUAGAAAAAGAAGCACUGAGCAAAAAUCCAGGUGACCUGGACCUUACCAAUCUCACAUGUUUGCUAAGUGAAAAAGCCAACGAAUUCCUCAUGAAGAACAGAGUGCAGACCUUUUACCAACAGGAGUUGGAAAUGGUGGAGUCUCUGCUGUCCCUUGCCAAUCAGCCUGUGAUUCAUAGUGACUGCUCCAAGCAAGCAGAUUUUAAGAAUGACACCACAUCCAAGGCAAUUCAUAGUAUAUUUAAGAAUGCUAUAAAGCUCCUGCAGGAAAAAGGAUUCAUUUAUCAGAAAGAUUGUGGUUUUGAUAACCUCUUCUAUGUAACCAAAGAAGACAAAGAACUGUACAAAAAGAUCCAUCGUAUCAUUCAAGAAGACUGCCAGAAACCAAACCACAUGGAGAAGGGCUGCCACUUCCGGCACAUCUUGGCUUGUGCUCGCCUGAGCCUGAAUCCGAGCCUGAGUGAGCCUGUGCUACAGCAGGUACUGGAACUCCUGGAGGACCAGAGUGACAUCGUCAGCACCUCGGAGCACUACUACACAGCCUUCUGA